AUGAGGCUUCAGCGUUCUCGCUGCCUUGCAGACAGUCGACGAGCUUCCAUCCUUGCCUGUACCUGUGUGUCGACAGUGGUUUCCCCCUCCGUGCCAAGGAUCAAGUUUCGAGAAAUUCGUUUUGAUCCUUAUCAGCUGCAACCAAGCUCUUAUCGCUCCCUGCUUUUUGGCGUCACUGCUCCUUUUUCUGUAGCAUUCAGUCGUGGUAAACAUGGGCAUCUUCCCAGGGACCGUUGCUUAGAUGAAGCAAGAAUACUGGGGAAGGUCUCCAGCAGCCCGGGUGCAAAUUUCGCCAGGUCCAGAAAUAGCGCUGCCGAGACAUGCUCGACUCCCGCGUGUCCAUUCUUUUCGUAUUCCGACUCGGUGCCGAGUCGUGUCCGGGUUAGGAUACCGUUGGUAAGAUCGAUUUGCCUCGGACAAUAUAAGAUGGCAUCAGGCUGUCUUACAUACGCCGUCCUCUGUCUCUAUUUGACGAAGUUCUCCAAGUGGCGGGUCCGGCCGCGGAGGCACCCACUUUGCAUGUGGUGUUCAACCACAAUAGCCAAAAAUAGCAGCACCCUUCGCCCGGAGGGUGUCUGA